AUGAAGUACGUUGAUCCGGGCCAAUAUCUCCUUUCACCUAUCCCUUCCAAUGAGGAGCAGCAACAACAACAGCAGGAACAGUCUGCGAGGCUUGGCUUUGGGAAGGUUUUAGCUGCUCUUCGGAAGUCCUCGGGGGAUGGCAUACCGCUGCAAAGACCCAUUCCAAGCAGGAAUUCUUCAUUCCAACGUAGAAAGUCCUCCCAUAUUGACGGAACUUUAACUCCUGAUCUAGCAUCCACCACGGAUGGAGCUCCCGUGGACGUUGAUAAGGAAGAAGAGAAAUUUUCUCUCCUUCUUUCCCUCCCCUUGGAAAUCCUUCAUCGUAUCAUUGAACUUGUCUACUACGACAACAACACUUCAUCUAUAUCCCUGAAUCUUGAGAACUUCUCAAAGACAAUGCCUCUUUUAUCCAGAACCAUGAAUGCAUUAUCCCUCCGUUUCCUAUACAAGUAUGCCAUUUUCAACCGUCCACAUGCAUUUGAUAAAUUUAUGCAAAAUGUGGCCCGUCAGCCUGACAUUGGGUUGUACGUCGAAUUUAUGGAUUUCCAACAAUUCACAUCCGUGGGGCUUGGCAGGACCGGCCGUAUGAAUCAAGAAAUCCAAAUGGUGACUUCACAAACUAUCCAUCAUGCAUUGAGAUUAUGUCCGAACUUGUUGGAAUUUCUAGCCAGUGAGAAUAUUCAGGAUGAUAUGGAUGUUGGGGUGUUGGAUUGUCUAUUCAAUGGUAUGUGGAAAUUACAAGGGUUGGACUUUUGUGGUGCCAGUAGUGGUGGGUUUGCAAGAGCAUUCCAAGAGCUACAAAUCAGAACUGAAGCUGAUGGUGAUGCUGAAAUGGACGAGUCUACGGGUGAACCAAUGGAUGGAAUUAUUGAAAAUGUAAGUAAUAGAGUUGCCUUACUAAACACAGUUGAUGAAUCAACAGAUCUGUCAAAACCUAAAAGUUCGUUGAAUCAUCUUCUUAAAUUAUCAUUCCAUGAUUGUUCCAAUAUUACCGCAGAUACUUUUGCUAAAUUACUUCCACACUUGACAUCGCUCCGUCGUCUUGAUCUUAACCAUACGUCAGUGACAUCGACUCUAUUGAACACAUACACACCCCCAUUAACCAACCUCACACAUUUAUCACUUUCAAGAUGUUCCAAAUUAACCACUCGUGAUCUCAUUCUCUUCCUUACCCUGCAUCCAGCCCUUACUCUGGGUAGACUUCGUUGGUUGUCACUUCAAACGGAUUCAAAUGUGGUUUCUCCUCUCAGUGACGCGUAUCUUCUCCAUACCCUUCGUCAUUUAAAGGCUCCAAGGCUCCAAUUCCUUAAUUUGGGAGGACUCCCUGUGGCGCAAAAGCAUCUAGUUGAAAUCAAAUCUCGCUUCCCACAUUUAAAUGCCCUUCAUAUUCUGCAUGCGGCGGCCAUAGAACCGCAACAUAUCAAUGAAUACCUUGCCAAUAAUUCAAAUAUCAAGUACAUUGAUAUCACUGGUUGCAAGAGGAUCACAAGAUGGAACAUUACUCAAAUCCUUCAAACAAAUUUCCAUUCCAAUCUCGUUGCAGUGGAGUUUGAUUAUAAACUAUUGAUGGAACUUACAGCCAGUGGAGAGUACGUUAAAAUAACUCAACAACAACAAUCUCUCAUAUCUGACCUUCUGUCAAGCUCAUCUGCUCCACAAAUCUGGAAAUUUUACGAUAACCAGGGGCGUAGAUCAUGGAUUUACAAGGUGGAAACGACCGAUCCAUAUUAUAAAUCUGUAGUCAACUCAACAUCUACAUCCUCUCAUGGUAUCCCAAGACCAGCUUCUGUAUCCAAUCUUACAUACUACGAUCUUGAAACUGGGAAAAAGAUCACGCAAAAGUUCAAGAAACCUGACUUUCUCAAGUAUGCAUCGAGGAAAAUUUCAUGCUCCAUCGGCUACCAUAGAUUACAAGAUGCUAAAAAGAAGCCAUACAUUGACGGGAUUGAAGAAGAAGAGGAACAAGAUGUAUGGCCAGCAGAAUUCUCUCAAAGAGGUAUUUAUAACUACUACUCAUUGAAUGUGAAGUAG